GACAACAUUGCUGAAAGUGGUGUCAUGGCUGAUUUGUUUGCAAAAUUUAGUUGUACUUAUUGUCAAGAAGAAAUAAACGGCGUCCGUAUACAAUGCUGCGUCUGCCCUGAUUUCGAUAUUUGCUUACAGUGUUUUUCUGUGGGCGCAGAAAUUGGACCACAUCGAAAUGAUCAUUCCUAUAAAUUUGUAGACCACUGUGCAGUUAGCAUUUUUGGUGGCAGAGGCUUAUGGACAGGAAAAGAACAACUGCAGUUAUUAGAGGCAGUUGAGUUAUUUGGCUUUGGUAAUUGGGAUUUGGUUAGCCAACAUGUGGGGACUCGUACAUCAGAAGAGGUGAAAGAAGAAUAUAUUGCCCGAUACCUGGAUGGCAAUAUAGGUAAAGCGACUUGGGCUCAACUGGCGAACCACAGACCAGUUUUGGUCGACCAUAUUGCUGAGGAUGAUGGACCUCUUUCUCCCACUGUUACUGCCCGUCUGCCACCUCUCGAUAUCACCCUUGAAGAAGCCAGAUUGUUGGGUUACAAACCACACAGAGACGACUAUGAAAGGGAAUACAAUAUGGAGGCCGAAAAACUGGUAUCUCAACUACAGUUGGAUCCUGACGAAGAUAGUGAGAUAGAGAAAGUCCUCAAACUAGCAAUGGUAGACAUGUAUGUUAGAAGACUGAGAGAGAGGGCCAGGAGAAAAAGAAUUGUUAGAGAUUAUCAGUUGGUAGCUAAGCAUUUCGCUAAUAUGCGAAAGGAUCCACUCAAACAACCACUCACAAAGGAACAGAGAGAUUUGAGGGAAAAGAUGAGAGUCUGUUCCCAAUUUUUAUCAUCAGGAGAGCACGAAAGACUUAUUGCCAGUAUAGAGAGAGAAAGAGAACUGCGUCAUAGACUUUCCGAGCUUUUGAAAUAUCGAAGCCUCGGACUGACCACUCAGGAAGAUAUUAUACAUUAUGAACAGCAUGCUGCCUAUGAGCGGCAGCAGCAGAUGAGGCAGCAUAAAUCUGGCAGCAGUGGCUAUGCAAUGCAGGAGUAUCCCCCAAAAAGCGGAAAAAGAGAAGAAGCCGACCAAAGUUCCACAGAAAAAAGGUCCAUGUUGCUUCUAAACGAAGAAUGCGACACCAACAACUACUUCUCCAGCAACAACUCGAACUCGGAUAGCGCAAUUGAACCAGUACCGCUGAGACACUUUCCCAUGGGGAAUCUCUUGUCUGAGAAUGAAAUACAACUUUGUGCUAACUUAGAUAUCCAGCCUAUCCACUACAUAACAAUGAAAUCAUUGAUAAUACAGGAGAACCUUCUUUCUCCUGGGAGACAUAAAACUUCUAGCUCAUCAGACGUCGACCCUCAGGAAUCAAACAUAAAGGAAGCCGUCACACAGUACUUGAGCUUCAGCGGUUGGCUACCUGGAGUUUCUGUAGUUUGAUUUUCUUCUUCUUUAAACUACCUCUUGAAUAUUUAGUUAUAGGGUUUGAUUUUUGGGGAAAUGGCUUCCAUGUCUAAUUCAAGCAAUUUCAUUGAUGUCGAUUUUUAAGAUACUUGAAGAGUUUAGGGAGGGUACCAAGAUUACCCAGGCACAAUUUGAAUUAAACACUUCAAUCUAUUUAUUUUAAUAUUAUUUUACAGCCUUCUUGAACUGGAAAGAUUUUGAGUAGGUUGUAGGUAAGUGUACCUAUUGUAACAGAUUUGUUACAUUCGUGUUCAUUUGUAAAAUAGCCCUAUUUUUCUAGGAAUUGUCUUAUGAAAAAAUGAGUCACCUUUAGUUUCUACAGUUCUGUUUUUCAUUCUUGGUAUCAGACUUUUGAAACACCCUGUACAUUGAUACUUGAAGCACAGGUCUAAAAACAGUUUUAAUUUCUACAAUUGACUUGUAAGUAAUCAAUUGUUCAUAAUAUUUUUUUCUUAUUUAAAAAACUCCUAUGUGUAAGGCUACUUAGACUGUUGGAAACGUUGGAAGAAUGUAUUAACAUCUAACAAAUACCAGGAAGGAAUAUAUUGAAGUAUUUUUUAUGUUUUCAUGAAUAAUAAUCUCUAUACAGCUUGGUGCCCUCAUAAAUUUGAAACCAUAGUGUAUGAUCUUCCAUAUUCAUGUGUGAAGGAAGAUGUCUUUAAAUUAACUCAAUAUUCAAUUUAUGAUUUCCUGAUGUGGUACCAAUUUUUAUUUAAAAUACAUACCAAAUAUGUAGACUGUUGUAUAUAUUGAAUUUUCAAUGAUGUAAAUAAAAUUGUUUUUCAGA